AUGACAACCUAUUACGACAAGUUUACUAUUAAUGGAUACGAUUUUCCUAAAUUUCUUGUCGACAAAAACAAUAUCGAUUGGGCCCUGAAUUAUAAGCACCGGCCCAACGAUCGCAUACUAAUAUCAUAUCCCCGAUCGGGUAGUAAUUGGACGGAAUAUAUUAUGCAAUUAAUUAUAAGCGAUGGACAAAAUUUGGAUAAAAUUGCAAUUUAUAAACAUCGGAUAGAAAUGUCGGGCAAACAAGUAAUCGAUAGCCAAAUGGAUCAGUCGGUGACAGUAAUAUCAACACAUUUACCGCCAGAUUUAUUAACCGUGAAUUCAUUGGCCAGUUAUCUGUUGGUCAUCAGAAAUCCGAAAGACGUUAGUGUUUCGGAAAAUAAAAUUUGGUCUCAAAUCCAUUCAAACCAUCAGAAAUUGUUUGCCGAUUAUCAUCAAUAUUUUCGGUACUGUUUUUAUGGUCAACAAUAUCGACACUAUUAUGGCGACUAUUUUGAUUUUGUUGGCCAAUAUUAUCGGCAAAGUUUGUCGACCAAUAAUGGUUUGUCGGAUAACAAGUUUCAUGUCUUGAUCUACGAAGAUAUGAUAAGCGAUCCGAAGGCAGCGGUCGUUAAAAUUGCAACUUUUUUGGGCCAUCAGUACGUCUCCCGUUUGGAUCAGAUUGUAGUGACAAACAGUGGUGACGACGACGACGACGACGACAACGUUGGCAUCAAAUCUGAGACACUAUUGGACAGAUGUGUCCGAUUGUCAUCAAUUGAUUUAAUGAAAUCAAAGUAUGGAUCCGGUUAUCGUAUUGAUAGAGGAGUUGUAGGCAAUUGGCGCCAGUAUUUAACUAAAGAGGAAAGCGAUUUAAUUGAUGAAAAAAUGGCCAAUAAAUGGAUGGGAACGGGACUGGAGUUGCUAUGGAAACAGGAGAUGAAAUGGAUAGACAAUUGA